CCUGAAGAUUGACGCAGAGCGAAUUUAUCUUAAUUGGCCCGAGCUCGGCUACACUGUGUGUACUUAUGAGGAUAGUAUCACGCUGCGGGAAGCGUUUGCUUUUUGGGACAAAUUGUCCAAUUUUACAGAGGAUGCGUUAAGUGGGCCUGCUCCUUCUAAUUGAACUCCUCCUCUCCACCGUGCCCUCUAAUUACCGCUCCCCCUUAUCUCACUGCAUCACACACUCUGAGAGAGGGAGAGGGAGAAAGAGAGAGAGAGAGUGGGGGAGAGGAGUUAUUGACUAUUGACUGCCUUCCAUUCAGCAAUAACUUGUUACUGGUGGUCAGUCGCUGCUGCUUUUGUUGCAUCACCGUCCACCGGACGGGUUUGUCUCGCGCCUCAUGCGUCACCCUGGAAAGUGGCUCGGAGACGUGAUGUGACUGGAAGACAGAAGUGUCCCAGCAGCCUAUACAGCUCAGUGGCCAACAUGCGGCCGGAAAUACACCUGUGAUCCGAGCUGUGGAUUAUCUUUUCUGCCCUGUUUCAUCUGUGUGUACAGUUUUACUGCAGUUUGUCUCCGUUUUGAAUCGCUCUUGUCUAAAUCACCACAGUCAAGUGUGACCUGCUGCACUGCCAUGGCUUCUAAGGAGGACUCGAAAUGCCCAGUGGUGCUGGAGGAGCGGAGGCGCAGUCCACUAGAUCAUCUUCCGCCACCGGCCAAUGCCAACAAGCCGCUGACGCCUUUCAGUAUCGAGGAUAUCCUCAGCAAGCCGUCCGUGAGAAGGAGCUACUCCCUGAGCGGAGCGGCACGCCACAUCUCUUCCGCAGACAAGCUGCCCUCGGCGGGUCACAGCCUGUCCGCUCGGGCGCUGCUCAGUCAAACGUCCCCGCUGUGCGCGCUGGAGGAGCUGGCCAGCAAAACCUUCAAGGGCCUGGAGGUCAGCGUCCUGCAAGCUGCCGAGGGCCGAGACGGCCUGGCUCUUUUCGGCCAGAGGAACACUCCGAAGAAGCGACGGAAGUCCCGCACGGCGUUUACAAACCACCAGAUCUACGAGCUGGAGAAGCGCUUCCUGUACCAAAAGUACCUGAGCCCGGCAAACCGGGACCAAAUCGCCCAGCAGCUCGGACUGACCAACGCACAGGUCAUCACUUGGUUUCAGAAUCGGCGGGCCAAGCUCAAGCGGGACCUGGAGGAGAUGAAAGCGGACGUGGAGUCUGCUAAGGCCGUGGGCUCCGUGGCCUUUGAGAAGCUCUCCAAGCUGGCCGAGCUGGAGAAAUGCUCGGCCGGAGGAUUGGAAAGGCCUCCGAUAUCAGCGUCAGGUCACGGCGAGCCCGACCCGGUUUCCUCCAAGUCCCACCACGACACCACCGAGAGCAUCGACUCCAGCGGGCCUCACACGUCACCUCCUUCACCUGGAUCGUCGUGGUACACAGACCGGCUCAGCGUUAAGUGUUGUUCGGAGGAGGAAGAAGAAGAGAUUGAUGUGGAUGACUAAAGCAGGGGGCCGGAUGUGCUUACAGGGAGGGACUCUGGCUCGACGAGGAUUUUGUCCUUUCAGCCGGGACAUGAAGCGAUGCGCUCAGUCUAUCCACAAACAACAGAUGCGGUUUGAGUAGCCAAAGGCCCACUGCUUUCUGCUGGUGAACGCGCUCGCGCCCAGAACACGCGCGACACGCGGCAGAGACAUUCAAACGUGCAGGUGCACACCCAAGCGCACGCGACUCGGUUGGUUAUUCUUAUUCUGAAAUAUACCAAUGUUUCGUUUUGUUUUAUUUUGAAAUUGGUCAAACGGCAUCUACAAAUCACUUUAAAGCUCGGGUCGUCGGUUUUCACCUUUUGAUAAUAUGGAUGAUUAUGAAAUGAUAAUCACGCAGAGAAUGUGUAGCUAAAGCUUGUGAUAGAUAACGAUUUAAUAUAUUUAAAAUCCUUUGGAAAGUGCCUUUGGAAUAUACAGAACGCAUAAAGUGUACAAAUUGUAAUUUAACACUGUAAUAUAUGCAAUGUAAAAUAAAAUCUUUUCAGCCUUUUGCAUAUUUCUAUAAAUGAUCUUUGAUGGGAU